GUCUGUGUGUAUAAUAAGAUGGAGGAAGCCUCUUUAUCAGCUCAAGAUUCACUCAUCUGUCCUGUCUGUCUGGAUUUAUUUAAGGAUCCAGUGACUAUUCCCUGUGGACACAGUUACUGUAUGAGCUGUAUUGAGGGCUGUUGGGAUCAGGAUGAUCAGAGAGGAGUCUACAGCUGCCCCCAGUGUAGACAGACCUUCACUCUAAGACCUGUUCUUAAAAAAAGUACCGCAUUGGCUGACCUGGCUGAGAGACUGAGGGAGACAGGACUCCAGGCUGCUCCUCCUGCUGUCUGUUAUGCUGGACCUGGAGAUGUGGAGUGUGACAUCUGCACUGGGAGAAAACUCAAAGCUGUCAAAUCCUGUCUGGUGUGUCUUGUGUCGUUUUGUGAAAUACAUCUCCAGCCUCACCAUGAAUCUCCUGCCUACAACAAACACAAGUUGGUCAAAGCCUCCACACGACUACAGGACAGGAUUUGCUCUCAACAUGACAGACUUUUGGAGAUUUACUGUCGCACUGACCAAAAAAUGAUCUGCUAUUUAUGUACAAUGGAUGAACACAAAGGCCAUGAUACAGUGUCAGCAGCAGCUGAAAGGUCUGAGAAACAGAGGCAGUUGGGGGAGACCCAGAAAAAUUCCAAACAAAGAAUCCAGGAGAGAGAGAAGGAGCUGCAGGAGCUGAAACAGGCUGUGAAUUCUCUGAGGAUCUCUGCACAGACAGCAGUGGAGGACAGUGAGAGGAUCUUUACUGAGAUGAUCCGCUCCAUUGAGAGAAGACGCUCUGAGGUGAGAGGGCAGAUCAGAGCUCUUGAAAGGGAAGAAUUGAGUCUGGCUGAAGAUCACAUUGAGAAACUGGAGCAGGAGAUUGCUGAGCUGAGGAAGAGAAACACUGAGGUGGAGCAGCUUUUACACACAGAGGAUCACAUCCAUUUCCUCCAGAGUUUCCAGUCUCUCUCUGCUCAUUGUGGACAUGAUGAGUUACCCAGCAUGACUGUCUAUGCCUUCUACUUCUUAGAGGAUAUGAGGAAAUCUGUCAAUGAAAUGAAGAAGACACUAGAAAAAUGCCUCAGUGAAAAGACAGUCAAUAUACCAGAGAAAGUUAAUAACCAGCUUUCCCUACCUGUUCAGCCUAAGACCAGACAGCAAUUCUUACAAUAUUCCUGUCAGCUCACACUGGAUCCCAGCACAGCAAAUAGAAAGCUCUGUUUGUCUGAAGGGAACAGAAAGGUGACAAUGACUACGAAAGCUCAGUCAGAGCCGGACCAUCCAGACAGAUUUGAUUGGUGGUUACAAGUUCUCUGUAGAGAGAGUUUGUGUGGGCGCUGUUACUGGGAGGUUGAGUGGAGUGGGCGGGUCUCUAUAGCAGUCUCAUAUAAAAGCAUCAGUAGGAAAGGAGGAGGUAAAGAGUGUGGGUUUGGACUCAAUAAUCAGUCCUGGAGAUUAAACUGUUCUCACACUCAUUACUCCUUCAUGCACGACAACAAUGAGACAAAAAUCCCAACAUUCGGCAGCCAUUCCAGAAUAGGAGUGUAUCUGGAUCAUAGGGCGGGAAUUCUGACCUUCUACAGGGUCUCUGACACAAUGACUCUCCUCCACAGAUUCCAGACCACAUUCACUCAGCCCCUCUAUGCUGGAUUCUGGGUUUAUGGAUCUGUUCAGAUUAACAACCAACUCUAA